AUGGAGCUGCCUCCAAAUAAGAAGCAAGUUGUAGAGCCGCUUUCAGAAAGGAAGCAGGCCAUGGAGGCGCCAACGAAGCAGGCUGUGGAGCCGCUUCCAGAAAGAAAGCAGGCCAUGGAGCCACCAAGGAAGCAGGCCAUGGAGCUGCCAAGGAAGCAGGCUGUGGAGCCACUUUUAGAGAGAAAGCAGGUUGUGGAGCCGCUUCCAGAAAGAAAGCAAGUCAUAGAGCUGCCAAGGAAGCAAGUUGUGAAGCCGCUUUCAGAGAGAAGACAGGUUGUGGAGCCGCUUUCAGAAAGGAAGCAGGUUGUGGAGUCACUUUUAGAGAACAAGCAGGUUGUGGAACCGCUAAGGAACCAGGCUAUGGAGUCUUUUCCUAAAAGGAAACAAGUAGAGGAGCCUCCGGAAGAAGUUUAA